AUGCAAUCUCCUCGCAUUGGCCCUGCGGUCGUCGUCCGCUCAUCGACACCCUUUAAAGAAAGUCUUGGUGGAAGUAUCGCAAGGGGGCUCACAAGAUCUAUCGUCAAACCAUUGCUCAAGGAAGAGCUCAUCAAUACCCUCCAAAUCGAUCUCUUGAUCGAGGAUUUCGUCUAUCGCAUCUGGGGAUUCCAUCCUGACCGCCUUCAGUGGAAGAAUUUCUUCUAUCUCUUCCAGCUCGAUGAGACUCUGGUUGAGGCAUACAAAGCUACGUUCCAUUACCCUGAGCCAUACCGAUAUGCUCCCUUUGCGAGGCUCAUUGACUCAACCGUGGCCAAGCUCGUCGAGGUGCUGAAGCUGGAGUCGCCUUUGCCCGUUUCGUUCGAGCCGCUUGGAUCGACUUACAUCCGAAGCGACAGGAGCAACCGGAAAUUGGAUAUGGGAAUCAUCGGGAAACGAGCAGUGGAAGAAUAUCGAUUGGCGCAGGACAACCCCGACAAAUACUCGAAAGCCCGGCUCCGAUGGGAAACCAUCCCGUGCUUUAUGGAGUUCAAGAGGUUUCUCCUAAUAGACCACGACGCCGUCAUUCUGUUCCCGCAGGCUCCGGCGGCGAUCUCAGAACCGGUGGCCAUUGCCCCCGAGACGGAAAACGAGUGGAAAUAGGAAGGAUUGAAGCGGAAGAAUGUCUCGGACGAAGGUCUCCCCCCCGCGAACGAGUCAAUCGCGAUUAGAGCACUGAUUCAAAGAGCUCAGAUGGUGAGAGCCACUCGACCAAUCCAGUACCAAUCGAGGUUCCAAACGCAGGCGCUUCGACCAGCGUCGUCGGGACGGGGACAGAACCCGAAAAUUUCGAGACGCACCUGAAUAAAUGGAAACUGAAACCACGGAUGACCGCGGACGAAAUCCAAGCGGCCAACUAUGCGUCCGAAUGCCUCGGCGAUGGUCGUCGGCGGUACGUGAUGUCGUUUAUGAUCACAGACCUCAAGGUCUCACUAUGGUACUACGACCGGAUUGGAGUGAUCAAGAGCGAAGAGUUCGACCUGGUGGAGAAUCCGAGGCUUUUCAUUCUCGCCAUUGCCGCGGUCACGACGUGCGACAUGAAGCAUUUUGGGUUCGAGCCCAUGAUCCGUCCGACGUCUACCAUCGCUUCUCCGAUGCGCCUAGAACAUCCCAUCCGACUCAAACCUCCUCGAGACAUAAGAGGCUGGGAGAUCCAUAUCGACGAAGGGAUCGACUCGGAGGGCCAAUCGGUCCCCGGUGUCGUCCGUUUGAAGAUCAUCGGAUCACUGAUCUACGUCCAAGCUGGGAUCGUAGGCCGGGGAACAUCAGUGCUACCUGUUUCUGCGUUCGCCGACAGUGGCCUGGCGGACGUCGAUCACUUGCAGAAGCUUGUGAUCAGGUUCAGCUGACCGGCUGCGACGCGUGUGUCUGAGGACGUGCUGAUACGACGGAUACGGAAGGCGAUUGGAUCGAAGGAGGCGUGGCAUGUGAGUCGGAUGCGGAUGUCGACGACACUGGAGGGCUUGCGAUUGGGCCUGCCUCGGAUAGAGGAAUCGAUUCAGUCACUGCCGGGCGACGUUGAGACUCGGGCUCUCCGCGUUCUUGCGCGUGACCGCUACCAGCACCUGAAGCAGCUGAACACGAUCCCAGAGUUCCAGUCAGUCUUCAUCGACCUUGUCAGAGGUACGCCUUUCUGUGUGAUGAUGUACAAUAAAUAUGCCCAAACCUUC